AUGGCCUGGUUGGUGGAGCUCUCGCAAUUCGACAUAACCUUCAAACCGAGAGGACCGAUCAAAGCUCAGUGCCUGGUCGAUUUUGUGAACGAGCUCCACCCCUACGGUCAUUUCGAGGAGCAAUGGUGGACCCUCCAUGUGGAUGGUUCGUCAAAUUGCCGAGGAAGCGGAGCAAGUGUAAUUCUGGAGGGACCCAAAGGGAUAGUUUUGGAACAAUCCCUCCGCUUUCGGUUCAAGGCUUCCAACAACCAAGCCGAGUAUGAAGCCUUACUGGCCAGACUGAGACUAGCCGAAGACAUGGGAGCCUCGAGAGUCAAAUGUUUGACCGACUCCAAAGUUAUGGCCGAGCAGGUCGGCGACAAUUUCCAAGUGAAAAACCACAACAUGAUGAAGUACUAUCAUGCCUAUCAAAAGUUGAAGACGAACUUUCAGGAGGUGUCGGUCGAGCACAUCCCACGCGAAGACAACACUCGAGCCGGUCAGUUGGCUAGGUUGGUCGCGACUAAAAAGUCAGGCCAUUUGAGAACGAUCAUUCAGCAAGAGAUCGACCACCCUAGUGUCGAUGCAGAAGUGGUUGCAAAUGUCAAUGCCGACCGUGACGAUCAGGACGACUCCCAAGAUUGGCGAGCCGAAAUCAGAGCGUUUCUCAUAAAUGGAACCACGCCGACCGAUCCGACCGAGGCCAAACGGCUAAGAACCCAAGCCAACAGAUACGUUGUCAUUGCCGGCCAGUUGUACAAACGCGGUUUUUCUACCCCGUUACUCAAGUGCCUAAACUCCGUCGAGGCUGACUACGUGACGAGAGAAGUACACGAGGAGAUGCCAACCAGGUCAGAGACAUGGCAACUUGAUUCAUCAACCGGCCGAGCAGCUACAUUGCAUUCCUCCAGCAUGGUCAUUCGCCACUUGGGGGGCCGACAUACUCGGACCCUUCCCAGUUGCCAAGGGACAAUGCAAAUUCCUCAUCGUCGUCGUGGAUCUAUUCACCAAAUGGAUCGAAGCCGAGCCCCUGGCAUGUAUCUCGGCUCAUCAAGUCCAGAAAUUUCUAUGGAGGAAUAUCAUCACCCGAUUCGGUGUCCCACACACCCUGAUGACCGACAACGGCCUUCAAUUUACCGACCAGAAAUCAACGAGUUCCUAAACGGCCUGGGAAUUCAGCACAAGGUCACAUCGGUCGAACACCCGCAGACGAACGGUCAGGCCGAGUCGGCUAAUAAAGUCAUCUUAGCUGAGUUGAAGAAACUCCUUGGAGAAGCAAAGGGGUCAUGGGCUGAGCAGUUACCCGAGGUACUAUGGGCAUACCGAUGCACGCCCCAGUCGACUACACAAGAAACUCCUUUUCGCCUAGUCUACGGAUCUGACGCCAUGAUCCCAGUGGAAAUUGGGGAACCCUCGUUCCGUCGAGCACACUACGACGAGUCGAACAACGAAGUCGAGCUCCGUGUGAACCUGAACACCGCGGAAGACGUUCGAGACCGAGCACAAGUCGUGGCCGAGGCCACCAAGCAACGUUACAAAAGAAGAUUUGACAGCAAGGUGAAGCCUAGAGAAUUUCGCGAGGGCGAUCUUGUUUGGAGAGCCACAGGCGAGGCAAGGAAAGAUCUGAGACAUGGAAAACUCGCCCCAAACUGGGACGGUCCCUUCCGAAUCCGACACAACUUGAACAACGGAGCGUACAAGCUGGAGCACCUAUCGGGAGAACCAAUUCCGAGAACCUGGAACUCCUCUCAUCUGAAAAUGUAUUACAGCUGA